AUGACGCUGGAACACGCUGCCAUGGACGCGCUCACUCGCUUAAAAGUGAAGGAUCUGCAGCGAGAGCUCAAGAAGCGCGGCCUGGACGCGAGCGGAUUGAAAGCGGUGCUGCUUCAACGACUACGAGAUCAUAUGCAGCAGAACGAGGUCUUGGAGACGCCGGAGAAGGAGGAAAAAGAGGGAAGAAAGGAUGAACUUGUGGAAGUUGAGGGAGAAGAGCAGGAGAAAAUGGAGGAGGUGAGAUCGGAGGAGGAGGAAAUGGUGGAGGAUGUCAAGGAGGAGGAGGAGGAGGAGAAACAAGAGGAGAAGGAGGAGGAAGAGGGGAGUGAGGGGGAGAAUCAAAAAGAGGAAGAGAUCCAGCGAGAGACGGAUGAAAAGGAGAAGGCAACGAUAUUGGAUUGUCAAAAGGAUGGAGAUGUAAAUAUAGGGGACAGCGAGACGCAACGGGACGAGGCACGAGGUCUUGAGUACGAUGGAGUGGGCGGCAAGAAUGGGGAGACUGGGGCGUUGAAACGAGAACGGGGUGCAGUCGAUGAGCUGAAAGAUUUGUCGGAUACGAAAAAGGCCAAGCUCGAUAAUGAGACUGAAGCCAGCAGUCGCCGGCCUGUAGGAGAAGACCAAGACAACACAGAAACGGUGAUUGAUGAUGCUGAUGCUGAUAAGAAAGUGAUGGACGAUGGUGCGAUAAGAGACGGUAGAAACAAGGCGACAAUUCGGGUCGACAAUUUCGUUCGGCCGUUCACGUUGAACGCUGUCAAGGCGCUCGUGCAAGAGUGUGGCCCCUUUGUGGAAGGUGGUUUCUGGAUGGAUGCUAUCAAGACGCACUGCUUCGUGACGUACACCAGCCCCAAAAUUGCAGAAAAUACUAUCGCUGCAUUGAACGGCAAGUUGUGGCCUCCUGAGAAUGGGCGAUCGCUCAAGGUCAGGCUCGUCGACCAUACCGCCAUGGAGGUUGCACAGUUCGGCGAGGCAAAUAUUCCAAGCCUACCAAAGCGUGAGGGUAGUAGCGAACAAGCUCCUGCGCGGCCGGAGGUGACAAUCGACGAAUUUUUUCUGAAGACGGAAACAAAGCCCGUGUUGUACUAUUUGCCAUUGACCGACGAUCAAAUUCAGCAAAAGAAAGAGCGGCUGCGGCAACCGGAAGGGCAACCACGCAAACGCCGUCAUCGUGGUGGGCGCAAGAGAAACAGGCGUGCCCGUUUCCAGCGGCGCUAG